UGAACUGAGAUUAAUGCCCUUGCUCUGCACGUGGCAGAGGAGAUCUUUUUUGGCUCAGAGUCUCAUCACCAGCCAUAAAGCUGCAAAACAAGAAAACAAAGAGAUAGUGCCCACCUCAGCCUUGUGCUGCUCUUUAAGGCAAGAAUGUCCUUGUCAUCCAUUUCAGUGCUGGAGACUGAGAUCUUCAACUACAUUGAUGCACAUCAAAGUGACUUCAUUGAGAAUCUCAAGGAAUGGGUGGCUGUGGAAAGUGAUUCUGUGCAACCAGACCUGAGGAAAGAAGUUGUACGAAUGAUGUCAUUGGCAGCAGCCAGGCUUGCAGCUUUGGGAGCCACUGUUAAUUCAGUAAGCCUGGGGUCACAGCAGUUGCUGAAUGGCCAGCACCUUCCACUGCCACCUGUCAUACUUGGGGAACUUGGCAAGGAUCCCCAAAACCUCACCGUCUGUUUCUAUGGCCACGUGGAUGUACAGCCUGCCAAAAAAGAAGAUGGCUGGAAAACUGACCCUUUCACAUUGACUGAAAUCAAUGGAAAUCUCUACGGGCGUGGAGCAACAGAUAAUAAAGGGCCUGUGUUGGCUUGGAUAAAUGCAGUGGAAACGUUUAGAGCCUUGAAAAUAGCUAUGCCAGUAAACUUCAAGUUUGUUAUUGAAGGCAUGGAGGAAGCAGGGUCUCUGGGGCUGGAGAAGCUUCUUGAAGAAGAAAAACAGGGCUUUUUAUCAGACGUUGAUUACAUUGUGAUUUCAGACAACCUCUGGCUCAGCAAGAAGAAGCCUGCCCUUAUAUGUGGGACUCGAGGCAAUGCCUGCUUCUCUGUGGAGGUAGAAGGUGGUGACAAGGAUCUUCACUCUGGAACUUUUGGAGGCAUCAUUCACGAGCCACUGACUGACCUGAUAGCUCUGCUGGACAGCCUUGUAGAUCCCACAGGUCAUAUUCAGAUCCCUGGAAUCUAUGAUGCUGUCGCUGCCCUGACAGAUGAGGAUAAGAAAUUGUGUGAAUCUACUGAAUAUGAUAUAGAGGAACACAAAAAUAAUAGUGGAGUGAAAAAACUCCUCUACAGCACCAAGGAAGAAAUACUUCUACACCUGUGGCAUUAUCCUUCUCUCUCUAUUCAUGGGAUUGAAGGAGCUUUUCAUGAACCAGGAAUUAAAACAGUAAUUCCAGCAAAAGUCAUAGGGAAAUUCUCAAUCCGCCAAGUCCCCAACAUGGAUCUUUCAGAUGUGAAACAACAGCUGUUUACAAGGGUAGUUUCAAGAAGAUGAAAGAUUCUAGAUGGAAAGUGUUUGCCCUGCAGGUGGUGGACCAUUUGGAGAAUGUAUUUGCCAAGAGGAACAGUCCAAACAAACUGAAGGUGUCCAUGCCCCUGGGUGCCAAACCUUGGGUCGCUGAUGUUAAUGAUCCACUAUAUAAAG